AUGCUCGUUUGGGGACGAAGUUGCAGCCGCCUUGGGCGUCUAUGGAGGCCUGGCUCUUCCUUCGCGGCGCCACCUCGCUUCCAUGCCUCAGGUCCUUCAGACAUCGAACGGGCUGCCCGGAAAGCGACGCGGAAGCUGCAAGUUGACAUGAACAGGCAGCUGCGGCAGGCUAGGGGCCAAGAAUUUCUGGACAUGGCUUCCAAGAAAGCCGAUGAGAUGGACUUCACGAACGUAGUGGUGUGCCUCGGACGGCUGGCGAAGAUGGACGAAGGUCAUCCUACCCUCUCCGCGAAGCUCUUGACUCUGUGCAGCGUCGCUGGCAAAGACUUUGUGCCUGCUGCAACCUCAUGGCACAGUCUCACAAAUCUGGCCUGGGCAGCAUGCCGCCUCGCAGAUGCGCUGCCGGAGCUUCAGUCGACGACCGAGGCCCUGUUGGAAAGCAUCUUCCAUCGCGCUGCCACCCUCGGUAUAGCUACGGCCAGCGGCCGGGACCUGCCGGUUCUCGUCUGGGCGCUGGCUUGGACCCAUCGUUCAGGGCGGUCGGCAUCAGCACUGCCACUGGAGGAUUUGGCCUCGGCCGUGACCCUCCAUCUCACGGAGUUGCAGCCGCAGGGGCUGGCCAUGCUGCUUUGGGGAUUCGCCGUCUUCGAGGCGACUCCUCGCCAGGAGCUCAGCAUUCCGAGAUCCUUGUACAAGGCCGUGCUCAGCCAGGUGGAGACGGAGGUCUCGCAGCUGAAGGCACGGGAGCUGUCGAACAUCGUCUGGUCGGUUGCUACCGUACAGGUCCCUGCUCCCGAGUGGCUGACCGCGCCACUUCCCUCCCGUGCUAAGGAGUUCCUGCCGCAAGAGUCUGCCAACGUGCUCUGGGCCUUGGCAGUUUCCUCCUUGCCUGCGACCCUGGAAGACUUUGUGAUCGCCCUCCAGGCCGGGGGACGAUGCACACCUGAAGAGUUUGCGGCGUGGAAGCCGCAGGAGCUGGCAGCAGGGUCCUGGGCCCUGGCAAUGACAUGGCAGCGUCAGAAAGGUGCUGGUGUUCCGCAAGAGGUAGCGCUGUCGGCGCUGCGCCGCGCGGCCACUGGAAAAGUGACGGCUCUGGAGGGAAAGGAGCUUGCAAUGCUGUCUUCGGCGCUUUUAUUGCAGGAGGACGAGGAGCUGUCCAAGAGGAUUGCAGAACAUGCCGAAGCGCUGCACAAAAGUGGCUCCCUUCCUCCAGAUGCCAUCGUGCAGAUUCGUGACCACCUUCAUUCCCUCAGCCCGCCAUGGCUGGAGGUUGCCAUGCGCCGCCUUACAGACGAAGUCCUGGCGGCUCUGAAGACCGGCUCCGACCUUUCUGUGCUGCAUCUCACUUCGCUGGGUGCAGCGACGCUGACGCUGUUGCUUGAGCUGGGCCUCGGCGCAGAAAGCGGCGCAGAGUCAUCCGAGGAGGUUGUCACGGGGAGGUCGGCUGGGCAGGUGUUGUGUUCGGUCAGCUACGACAUUCGCAUCCCUGGGGGGCACGAUGUAUACGAGCCCGGCCAAGUGCAUGUAAGCGGCAGUCGUCCGGAUCCCGACGGACUGGGCUUGCUCCGGGCGGUGUCACUGCGCUUCCCUCGUGAUCGCGAUGCGGAGUAUCUUGCUUUGCUUCUCGGACUUCCGUCGUUGCUGCGCUACGGCGUUCUGCGGCUGCCGCUGCAUCCGAAGCUGAAGGUAGAGAGGUUCUAUGCCGGUGACUUGGAGACCUGUGAGCACAACGAGAAUUAUCAGCGAUGGAUCGUCGAUGGUGUUACGCUCCACUUUCGGCAAGCCGGGGUUCGGCCGACCUACGAGUGCAGCUUGGAGCGCUCUACAUGGUUCCAGAUGGAGACAAACUUCCGCCUGGUGUGCCGUGGAAACGCCGCGCUGCUUCUACCAGGACUGGCUGAAGUGGUCUUUUGGGCUACCCGACUGCUGAAUGGCUUCGCCUUUGGCUGGCGCCUUCGGCGGCUAUGGAGGCUUUCUUUUCUGGCCGAUCGUCUUCCUGGAACGGUGAUGGUCGACUAA